AUGCAACAAGAACUCCUCGACGGCAUAACAUUUCCGUAUGAUGAUGCGACGAGGAAAAAACUCUUAUUUCUCUAUAAACAGAAGGAAUCACUCUUGGAUGGCGAAAUUGUACAAGAACAUCUGGUCAACCAACCGUUACUCGGGGUCCUGCUGCUAAUGUUCGCCAUCCUCUCACUGGGUACCUUCAUCUUCGCCAUUAUAUUCAUCGCCUGCAGAGCACUCGACAAUUGUGGAUCUAAGCGAUAUCAAUCCCAUCCGACCAGUGGACGUCGCUAUGUGUUUUAUCUGGCUCUGCUAAUCAUUUCAUGGGUCGGCUUAGCCGGUGCGACUAUUCAUUUCAUGACAGCUGGGAUAGCCCUUUGGGAUCAGAAUACAGAUAUUGAGACUGAGCCUCAACACAGCUCACCACUGGGUCUCCAACCUCGCAGAUAUGUAAGAUCACAACGCAGUAAAGAGGAAAAGACAGUGGGGCAGCUUUUUGAGGAUUCCGACUACGCAGGAGACUUUGAACAACUGGAUUUCACCACGAUUGCAGAGCCUUCCUUUGUUACAAAAAUGCCCCUGCGAACAACAACCGCGCAUGUUCUUAAGCAGAGCAAAAAACAAGGAAACUUCAAGCAUGUCAAAAGAGUUCGACACUUCUACGGACGACGUUUGAGAACGAACAGCACGACUCCGUCUAACGCUUCUCCAAUUUCUUUUUUAUACGAGAUAGGACCAAAGCCAGCAAUGCGCGACGUUGAAGUAAACUCGCUCACAUCUCCGCCUCCAUCUUCUCCACCAAUUUUCCACAAUUCACCUGCACGAAAACUAAAUGCAACGUUUGCCACCAGAGGAGUGGGCUCUAUUAAAGCAAUCCGUGGACCAUUCGUUUCUGAUAUGUGGAGUAACGCUGGAAAGCAGGCGUUCUAUCGACAUGACGCGGCAUCUAUGACUGCAGGAUCAUCAUCAUCAGCGGCUUUGGUGGUUGAUAACUCAGUAACUAGGACGGACCUAAUAGGAAUACAGCAACCUGGCCUUCCUAAUUUGACCGAUUUUGAGUCUGGACACGAGAAUACCGUGGCAGAUGAGGAUGCAGCAUCAGUAGAAACUUCGCCUACAUCAACUGCGAUGACAACGACACUGGCACAAACGUCGUCAACAGCACUCCCGACGACCACAUUUUCUAAUUCGCCCAUGACUGCAGAGACCAUGAGCACUACAGAGUACUCUACGAUCACUUCUGAAUACUCUGAAUCAGAGACGGUUGAACUUUUGUCGACAAUUCCUAAUGAAGUCCCUGAAGAUAUAGAAGAGUCGAGCAACACGUCAACAACCACAGAAGAAGUCGAGCUACUGGACGCGGAAACUAAAGAGCUGCACUAUUCUGCAUCUGCUGAGUCAAACCCAACUCCAAAGUCACUUCCCUCUGACAUUCCUUCCCUGCAGACAGAGGGAUUCUCCUCUACAACUACUAUGAUGGAAACAUCUACAACUCUGAUGUCAACAACAACGUCAAGCACAACGUCGUCGACGACCACCGCAGCUACGUCAGUAGCAACAUCGACAGCUACGUCAGUAGCAACAUCGACAGCUACGUCAGUAGCAACAUCGACACCAACAAUUGUUGCCACCACAAAACCGACAACAACAACAAAUGCCUUGACAACAACAACAACAACAAUAACAAAAGAUGCUCUGGAAGCUGCAGCGACGAUAGUACCAGAGGCGUUUGCGAAGGAUGAAGUUGUAGAUAAGAUAAAAGAUGCUGUGCCUGAAUUAAUGGCAACGAAAUGGGGAAAUAGAGACAGUGAACAGGAACAGCUUCUUUCCUCUUCCACGUCUCGUCCAGCACAAGUUGAUUCAACUACAUCACUACGCCAGGAGAAAAAGAGGCUGGUCAACUAUAGGAAAGCGCGUUUUGAAUCUGAAAGCAUGUUUCCUGUCGAAACAGUUUUAGAACAAAGGAGACACCAGAACUCCACUAGCACUGUUGAAUUUCGAUCUACCUACAACGGAUAUUCGUCGUGGAUUGCUCGGUUCUUCGUUCUCUUCAUUGGAGUUGUGAUGGUGUUGUUGGUGAUCCCGAUGCCAGUUCUUCUAACGGCAGGUACAGUGUGUUACAUGCGCAGCUACCAUCCCAUGGACAGAACAGUGUUCUCGGAAAGGAUAGGACAAGUAUGCGUUGUACUCGCCACAAUCCUGUUGUUCCUCGGACCAUGCCUUCACCUUUACCUUGGUGUUCUUCUCACUUAUAUGCACAUAUACUUUACUAUGUGUCCUGCUAUCGAAUUACUGUUGCAAUUUAAAACUCUGCCGACUGACGAUUUUGCAAUACUGAAUGGGGCAUUAUCGAACGGAAACAACACUGAAACAUGUAAACGAAAUCUAGAAACUAUCCAGGGAAUCUGGAUAGGCUGCUUCGCGUUCGCUUUGUUUUCGAUACCAGCUGUGUUCGCUCUGUUCAAGAUCUCAAAGUACUAUCUACGUAUGAAAACUGAAUAUUAUUGGAAUGUGGGCGAUGGAUAUGGGGUGAUCCGCCCAAAAGUUGCCACGACGACUGAUGCCAUUUACGGCAAUAUUUAUGGGACUCUUCAAAAGAAGAGACCGACUGCGAAACCCCCUCCACGCCCCGUUGAACGUCAACUGGCAUCAGAACCUGUAGCCUACGGCGUUUAUGUGGAACAGCCCAUUUAUGGAGCUUUUCAAUGA